GCGCCCAGCCGGGCGGGAGGCAGCGGCCGCGGUGCGCGCCAGCGGCGCGGGGAUUGGCUGCGGCGGGCGGAGACGUCAGGCUCCCGGGGCCCCAGCGGCCGCCCGGCGCGGCGCGGCGCAGUCGGCUCUAGUGGUCUCGUAACGGAGAGUUGUUCCCGGCCGUGCCGUCCUCCACCGCCGUCGCUGGGCUGCGCCGCCGCCGUCGCCAGGACGCGCCGCCGAGCCCCUCGUCGCUUCCAGCCCCGCGGCCUCCGUUCACCUCAACUUCCACACGCCCAUCAUGACGAAGACUGAGAAGAAAUCCUUCCACCAGAGCCUGGCCGAGUGGAAGCUGUUCAUCUACAACCCGACCAGCGGAGAGUUUCUGGGGCGCACCUCCAAGAGCUGGGGUCUCAUCUUGCUCUUCUACCUAGUUUUUUAUGGAUUCUUGGCUGCACUCUUCACAUUCACAAUGUGGGCCAUGCUCCAGACUCUGAAUGAUGAAGUUCCGAAAUAUCGAGACCAGAUUCCUAGUCCAGGACUUAUGGUUUUUCCCAAACCACAGACUGCCUUGGAAUAUACAUACAGCACGUCUAAGCCACAUACGUAUAAAAAGUUCGUUGAAGACCUGAAGAGUUUCCUAAAGCCAUAUUCUGUGGAAGAACAGAAGAAUCUCACAGAUUGUCCUGAUGGAGAACUUUUUCAUCAGAAGGGUCCAGAUUAUAAAGCAUGUCAGUUUCCAAUUUCCUUGCUUCAAGAAUGUAGUGGUGGGAGUGAUGCUGAGUUUGGCUAUUCCAAAGGACAGCCUUGUAUUCUUGUGAAGAUGAACAGAAUAAUUGAGUUAAUCCCAGAUGGAACUCCACAAAUAACAUGUGUGACAAAGGAUGGAAACAUAGCAAAUAUAACAACUUAUCCUGAAUUUGGACUUAUAGACUUAAAGUAUUUUCCAUAUUAUGGGAAAAAACGGCACGUUGGAUACCGACAGCCCCUAGUUGCUGUCCAGGUCAAACUUGCCUCUGUUGUUACCACGCAAGAAGUAACAGUUGAGUGCCAAAUUGAUGGAACCGGGAACCUAAAAAACAGGGAUGAACGUGACAAGUUCUUGGGACGAGUUUCGUUCAAAGUCACAGCACGUGCCUAGGAAUAGGAUUUUUCCACAGAAUAAAUGUUGUGUUGUCUCCAUUUUGUAUCAGCUGGACCUGCCAUUCUAGGAUUAUGAGGCCACCUUGGAGGAGGAAGUGGUGUGGUACACACUUGGGUGACAUCAUAACAUGCUUCCAGAUCAUAGUGUUCCGUGUCCUCUGAAGUAACUGCCUGCUGCCUCUGCUGCCCUUGAAUCCAUGUACGGUCGCCACACAGGGACCAGUGAGCUCCCGAUCCCAAACAUGCAGAGUGGGGGUCUUGUCUUCUUCUGUGUGUAAUUGCCAAACGUCUAAAGCUUCAUGUGCUGUGCUGUGUAAAUAUUUUAUGGAUUUAACACUGGUAACUGUCAUAUUUUGAUGCCAGCAAAGUUUUAGGGAUAAAAUGGUACCUUGCCAACAUCGAGUGACUUUAGCUGCAAGAAAUGUGUGAGAAGUUCUGUAUGUGAGGAGGGGAAAGGAAAAUAAAGUGGACCUGAAAGUACCGACUCUGCGUCUGUGUAUGUGUGCGUGUGUGCCUGUCUGUGUGCCCCAGGUCUUUUACAUUCUGAAUUAGACUGUAUCUGAUUUUACUGAGAGGACAAACUUUCUGUUGUAAUACAUAUUUAAAAAUAACAAUUGGGGUGAUUUUGAGUGUUGGAAUCAAAUCUCCCACAUUUAGGUAUCUUAGACAUAUGGAUGAAACAGCGUUUAAACUAGGUGAAUGUGCACGGAUUUUUUUGUUUUGUUUUGUUUAAUGAAAUUAAAUUCCCAAGACAUAAAUUGUAUAGUUUUUCAAAAUGUCUUAAGUGCUUUUAUUUAGUAGACUAUGGACCCUAAUAAAAACAAGUUGUGAAAUACAAAAA